AUGCUCGCGUUUAUUGGACUUGCGCUAUUUUUGGGCUUAGCUUCGGCCAACCAAGGGCAUCCGAAUGGAUGCCCGAAUAGGGCGUUUUUGGGAUGUAUAUUGGCGUUGAAGGAGGAUCACAUCCAGUUCGACCGGAAUAUUGUAAGAUUUUUGGGAUUUUGUUGCAGUACUGCUCCUUGGACUUGAAUUUUCUCCAAUUUUGAUUACAAUUCUCUGCAGGCUAUCCUAAAUUCUUAGCCCUGGAUUACCUUACAAUUUUUAGGUUUGAAAUUACAAAAUUUUGCUUUUUUUAAUGAUUAAAAAUUCCCGGUUUUAUCAUAAUAGGGUAAAAUUAUUCUAGAGAGUGUUUCAAGAAAUUCCGCCGAAAUUUUUUUAUCGAUUUUUUUGGCGCUCAGUGAGGAUAUCCAAAAAAUUUUUUUUGCAUAAUAAAGAAGAUAGGCGGUUUUUUGCCUAUAAAAAUCGGUUUCUCCGCCAACGCGGAAACCAUUUUAUUCGGCGGACACUUAUGGGCACUUUCUUGGUCAUCACACCAAUUUUUAACGCUUUAUUGUGGCACUGAAGCAUCCGGGAAGUCUUCAAAUUUUUUGCACAAUGAUUCAGGCCGGCUAGAGGAAUAUCUUUUCUAUAAAAACUUUCCAGAUAAUGAAAAACUAUUCGAAAACCAACUUCUUUUUCCACAAUUAAAAAAAUUUUCUUUUUGCAGGUCAGAACCAUCCUCAGUAUUGACUCUGAAGCAAAAUUGAUUCACACAUGUAAGGCCUAUACUAAAGUUUUGCCUUGUUUCCGCGACAAGGUGCUCGAAUGCGGCAAUCAACAUCAACGCGAGCUUUUUGGAGAAGUUGGCCGCGCUCUGAUGUUCCUGUGUUCUCCAUUCAGCCUGCAACGACAGAGGGUUUUGGUGGAAAAACAAAAUUGUAUUUCGAAAGUUCUGUCGUUGCCCAUUUCGGUUGGAUGCAAAUUACCGCAAAAGCCGUAUGGAAAGCAGUUGAUGGAGUGCAAGUGAGUUGACAAAAAUUGUGGAAAAAGGUACGGUAGAGAACCUGAUACAGUCGCAAAAAACGUACCAUUUUGCAUCCGGGAAGCAUCAAAAAUGUAGCAUAAUGCUUCCCUCUUCAAGUGAAAAAAAACUCUGACUUCAAAAGCGCCCGGGCGCGCCCUUCAAAACGAAGUAUUUUCACUUGGAAAGGGAAGCAUUUUGCCACAUUUUUGAUCCUUCCCGGAUGCAAAAUGGUACGUUUUUGGCCACUGUAUCAGGUUCUCUACCGUACCUGUACAGGGUCUUUCAAGAAACGCGAAGGAAAGUCGGAGGCUAUAACUUUCGGCGGAGGCGGCGCAGAGACUUCGUUUUUGAAAUAAUAGGUAUUUUUAAGCGACAUUCAUUUUUAUCUAUGAAAUAGCGACAUUUUAAAAUGCAGACUGAGAUCGCUACGACCUUUUUAAAUAGGGCCCUUUUACCCUGAAAACCAGUGUUUUUCGGUUGAACAUGAUCGAAGAAAUUUCAGUUUUUUUCGGUUGAAACACGUCGGAAAUUUUGGUAGCGGAACUUUAGAAUAAUUUGCAACGUGUUGGAAAUUAAAUUUCUCUCCCUUUUUUCAACAUCAACUCGAUUAAAAACCCCAAAAAAUCCGACUUUUUUCGAUCAUUUUCAACCGAGAAACGCUGGUUUUUGGAGUAAAAGUGGCCUACUUCAAAAGUUCGUAGCGACCUCAGUUUGCACUUUAAAAUGUUGCUAUUUCAUAGACAAAAAUUAAUGUCGCUUAAAAAUACAUACUUCAAAAACGAAGUCUCUGCGCCGCCUCCGCCGAAAGUUAUAGCCUCCGACUUUCCUUCGCGUUUCUUGAAAGACCCUGUACAAAACUUGUAGGAAAUUAAAGCCCUAUGUUUGGGGUACCUCUGACCAUUUCUCAGCGUAAUCCACGUGUAUUUUAGGAAAGAAUGCGCUGCAACACAGAACAACUUUAGUUGCUCGUUGAAGACCUGGAUGAGCGAGCAAAAUGCCUGCACUUUGAAUGACAUCUCCGAAAAUUGUGGCCAAGAAGCCGCUGAUUUCUACGCCGACUUCCAAGCCAGUGUUUUUGAGCCCAAUUACCCAUUUUUAUGUCAUCCGAAUGGUAAGAAACCCAGGCAUAUAUAUUUUGAGAGCUGCCGGGACUACUCUGCAAAAGUUGUGGUAUAUUGAAAAAAUAUAAUCGCCUAAGUUUUCAGACAAGAUGAUUCUCCCAUUUACCACCGAAAACCCUCCAAAAAAGCAUAACAUCACCGUGGUUACGAUAAAGAACAGGCCUGGAAACCGAAAUUUUACUGUAAGUAAUCACGAUUCACCCCCAUUACGAAUGUUUUUCAAAAUUCAGCGUCCUCAACUAUCCGUGCGGAAGACGACAAAACCCCCUAAAUUUGAGGUGUUUUAUGUCAGUCCCAGAACCGAGCAACGUAAUUCUAGUCACAUAAAAUCCAAGGAAAUCUUCAAUCGAGUGUAUAAAUUGUCGACUAAAGCUCCGGAAAUUCCACCAACAACACUACCACCACAAACAGCGUCAACCACGGAAGAGCCGGCAAGAUAUGACAGGUGGGACUAUUAGUUUUUUCAUAAAGUGCGUAGAUAUUUUUCGCCCGGAUAAAAAAAGUAAAAUGCACUGUGCAACACGGGGUUUUCGUAAAACGGAAAAAAAGUCUACGAACUUUAUGAAAAUGCUAGUAUCUGGCCAUCCCAACGCUAGAUCUUCAAAUAAACCCGAUUUUGAGUCAUUGUAAAACUUCCAGGCCAGAGGCCCAUUCCCAGCCGCAGAUCCCCCAGGUCCAACAGACGUUCAUGGCGCUGGUCGAGAAGCUUCUUCCCAUCGCUCUACAACACAACAUGAGCACCCUGCUUCAACAUCAAAACAAGCUCCUUGAGUUGAGCCGGAAAAUCGACCUCAAAGACAUGCUAUCGCAAGGGAAGCCAAACACAACCACCGUAAUCCCAAGUUCAGAAACGCCAAGUACCGUCAACACCCCGCAUUACAGUUUGGCGAGCAUGGUGACAAACCGCCCAUGGAGGCCGUGGUAUUUCGUAUCCACCGACGAGGGAGGGCAGUGA